AUGGGUUCAAACCAAUGGACCGCUAGCGAGUAUUUCCUUCUAGCUUGUGCAUAUAUUAAUGUCAAAGAGAACACCAGUUUGGAGGAUAGAAUGCUUUUCGUCCAACUAAUGAAUACCUUUAAUACUGACGCUGAAACCACCAUACAAAACCAUCGCAACACGCUUGAUAUAGCUGCAAAAUGGUAUGAAUUGAAAACGGAAGUUGUGUUAUUCAACGAUCUUUAUAAUAAGAUUGAAGACGAUCGUGUCAAUGAUACUGAGGAAGAGAUCUUGGAGGUUGCUAAAGAAGAAUACAAAUCCAUUAGCAACGGACAGAGUUUCGAGUUUGAAGCCCCUUGGAAUCUUUUGAAAAAUAUUUGUACGUUUCUCACGUCUAUGAUACCAAUCAUAUUUGUUGGUCAAGUACCUCUAAUUGGGGCGUAUGUAACAUCCAUGUACAUUGCUGUUGCUUUAGAUGGAAAUCAUGAACCCCUUCUCAUAGCGUUUUCCUUGGGAACCAUAAAUUGUGACAAUUCAUGGUUAUGGUUCAUGAGGAGGCUUAAAGAUUGUUUAGGUGACAAUAUUGAAUUUGGUUUCAUAAGCCAUAUGUCUGAUUCUAUAGACUUUGCAGUCCAAAGAGUCUACCAUGAUUCAUAUCAUGGCUAUUGUUGUAAAAAUAUAGCCGAGAAAAUACGCGCUUCCAUCGGAACCAAUACAGUCGUAGAACAGUUGUUCUGGAAGACGUGUAAAGCGUAUAAUUUAUCUCAAUUUUAUGCAUGUUUGAACAAUUUAAAAAAUGAGGUAAAUGGGAAUGAUCUUCAUUGGCUUGACAAUAUUCUCAUUGCAAAAUGGGUACGGGCUUGUUUUCCAAGAGUACGUUUCAAUGUUAAAUUCAUUGACAUUCCCGAUGUUGUCAAUUGGUUUAAAACAAACACGCAUGAGUUUCCAAUAACAACAAUCAUUGAAAUGGUUCAUGACUCGAUGCAAGUAGUGUAUCUUCGACGUGCUGCGUUUGGAGUUGAUUUCAUAUGGGAUUUCCAUAAUCUUCUAACCCCUUAUGCACUUAAGGUGAUUCAUAAAAGAUUUAUGCACUCGGAUGGUUGUAGGAUUACGCAUAUUGUUGGCGAUAGAUAUGAAGUGACUAAGUAUUCAACAACCGAAUAUGUACAAUUAGACCGUGAUAUUUGUAGUUGCGCUUCACUACACAGACUCGAAAUUGCAGAAAUCCAUCAAAUGGUAAAUUUAAAGUUAAGUACAGCGGUGUAUCGAAAUGCUUAUCAAACUGAGACAGUCAAUCAUAUUCCAACCCUUAGGCAUUGGGAAAAACCAGUCGAAAGUGUUGUGGUCUUACCUCCACGCCAAUUCAAUUGA